UCUCCCCCGCUUGUUAAUCUUUGUUCCCCUUUUCUGCUGAGAGGAGGGAAAAAAACAGGGAGAGGGAGAAAGAAAAGAAGGAAAAAGGCGUGACUCGAUUUUCAAACGAAACUCCCACAGCAAACAAAACCCUUUUAGAGAAAUAAGAAAGGAGGAAGGAGGAAGAAAAGAGGAAAGGGGAAGAAAAAAAAAGAGAAGCCUCCAGGCUUGCAAUUCGAGUAGCAGAGUUGCACCGAAAGAAAAGAAGAAAAAUCCUCUCUGCGGUAGAAAGAGAAAAAGAAAACUUGGGCCGACAAGAGGGGGGUGCUGGGGGGGUGGAAGGAAGUGAGAAAACAAAAGAGAGAUAAAAGGGCUGCUUUUCUGUCUCUCUUCCUCUGCGAGCUGGCUUAGGAGGAGCUGUUUAGCAUCCCUUCACGUCAGCCCUGCCUCAUUCCCUUCUUCCAGGGAGGGAGAGAGCGCGAGCGAGCGAGCGCGAGAGAGAGCAGGAGGGAGAGAGGGGGGGGGGAGAGAAAGAGAGGAGCCGAAGGGAGGGUGGCAGAGCAGGGCGGGCGCGCGUGGAGGCGGCGCGCAGCAGCAACCCGGGCGGUGGGCAGCAGGAGCCCCCGGCCCGCCCGGCCCGGCCAGCCGAGGGCACCCAGCACCAGGAGCCGCGCCCGGACCCAGGAAAUGCCCUCCUAGCCAGCCGCCACAGGAUGGAGGGCUUCAUGGACUCAGGGACACAGACGGACGCUGUGGUGGUGCUGUCCUUGGCUCAGGCUGCCGUGCUGGGCCUGGUCUCAGAGAAUGAGCUCUUUGGAGCCACCAUAAGUGCUGAGGCCUUCUAUCCAGACCUAGGGCCAGAACUGUCUGGGACAGCCGUGGGGGAGCCGGGACCACCAGGGCCCGACAUCUAUCAGCUGGCCUGUAAUGGGCGAGCCCUGGAAGAGCCCCCGGAAGAGGAGGUGCUGGAGGUAGAGGCAGCCUUUGAGAAGCACACCCGGAGGAAGACGCGGCCCCCUGUGCGGCUGGUACCCAAGGUCAAAUUUGAGAAAGCGGAAGAGGAAGAGGAACAGGAAGUGUAUGAGGUAUCUGUGCCUGGUGACGACAAGGACCCGAGCCCCGCAGAGGCUCCUGCCGAGGUGGCCGGUGGCGGCUGCGAGGCCCUGGUGCAGAGCAGUGCCGUCAAGAUGAUCGACCUCAGCGCCUUCAGCCGCAAGCCCCGGACGCUCCGGCACUUGCCUCGAACUCCAAGGCCAGAGUUGGACAUGGCCCCCUUCGAUCCUCCUUUCCCCAACCCAACCCGGGACGGCUUCCCCGAGCCCAGCAUGGCACUACCUGGACCAGAGACUUUGCCCACCGAAUGUGGUUUUGAGCCGCCCCACCUGGCCCCGCUGAGCAAUCCUGACCCUCCCCCCAUGACAUCGCCAGAACUCGUCAAACCAGAGCAGGGCUUCGUGUGGCAGGAGUCCAGUGAGUUCGAGGCCGACCCGGCAGGCUCCACGGUGGAGCGGCACAAGAAGGCGCAGCUGGACCGGCUGGACAUCAACGUGCAGAUUGAUGACUCUUACCUGGUGGAAGCGGGUGACCGCCAGAAACGCUGGCAGUGCCGCAUGUGUGAGAAGUCCUACACGUCCAAGUACAAUCUGGUGACGCACAUCCUGGGCCACAACGGCAUCAAGCCACACUCGUGUCCGCACUGCAGCAAGCUCUUCAAGCAACCCAGCCACCUGCAGACACACCUGCUGACGCACCAGGGCACGCGGCCCCACAAGUGCCAGGUGUGCCACAAGGCUUUCACUCAGACCAGCCACCUCAAACGCCACAUGCUGCUGCACUCUGAGGUCAAGCCCUACAGCUGUCACUUCUGCGGCCGCGGCUUCGCCUACCCCAGCGAGCUUAAGGCGCACGAGGUGAAGCACGAGAGUGGCCGCUGCCACGUCUGUGUCGAGUGCGGCCUAGACUUCUCCACCCUGACCCAACUCAAGCGCCACCUGGCCUCCCACCAGGGCCCUACCCUCUACCAGUGCCUCGAGUGUGACAAGUCCUUCCACUACCGCAGCCAGCUGCAGAACCACAUGCUCAAGCACCAGAACGUGCGGCCCUUCGUGUGCACGGAAUGCGGCAUGGAGUUCAGCCAGAUCCAUCACCUCAAGCAGCACUCCCUCACCCACAAGGGCGUGAAGGAGUUCAAGUGUGAGGUGUGUGGCCGAGAGUUCACCCUGCAGGCCAACAUGAAGCGCCACAUGCUGAUCCACACCAGCGUCCGGCCCUACCAGUGCCACAUCUGCUUUAAGACCUUCGUGCAGAAGCAGACGCUCAAGACCCACAUGAUUGUGCACUCGCCCGUGAAGCCAUUCAAGUGCAAGGUGUGUGGGAAGUCCUUCAACCGCAUGUACAACCUGCUGGGCCAUAUGCACCUGCACGCAGGCAGCAAGCCAUUCAAGUGCCCCUACUGCUCCAGCAAGUUCAACCUCAAGGGAAACCUGAGCCGGCACAUGAAGGUCAAGCAUGGCGUCAUGGACAUCAGCCUGGACAGCCAAGACCCCAUGAUGGAGCUGGCAGGCCCCGACCCCUCUGAACUUGACAGCCAACAGGAGAUGGAGGACUUCGAGGAAAACGCCUACACCUACGCCAGUGUGGACAACAGCACGGAGGCCAGCGCCCUCACUGAGCAGGCCAUGAAAGAAAUGGCCUACUACAAUGUGCUAUAGCAGGCCCGCGGAGUGGGCGGGGAGGGCACAGGGUGAGACCCACGUACUGAGGCCUGCACCUCUGCAGCCCAGAACCAAGCUACUGCCCGCUGCCCGCCCCCCCGCCCCCACCCCCACCCCCACCCCCACCCCCAGUCAUUUGCACCACUAGGGACCUUUAGACCAAAUGGAGACUGUACUACUGUCCUUGCAGGGAGCUGGGCGCAGACCUAGGCAUCCCGGUGAGGGAAAGGUAACCAGGAGGCCCAGCUCUGGUUCUCCUUGGCCUGCUGCUGUGGGUGGGUAGGGGAAAUGCUAGUGAGGUCUCUUACAGGCAUGGGGGCACAGACUUAGGUGUCUUCUCCAAGCUGCCUCAGGCCCAUGGGGGUGCCUGAGGAAGAGAAUGCUUGAGCCAGGUCUCCUCUCUCUUCUACACCGACUCUGGCCUUUAAGGACAUCUGAGCUCCUACACUGGUCAGCACUGCCCACCCCCAAUCCUGCUCAGACCCAAGAACCUCUUCCCUUCCCCUGUCACUCAACAACCAGGCAGGGCACUCUGCCUUCUACCUCCUGGGCCUCCCCUUGCUCCAUCCAGACAUGCAUGCGGCCCUAGCCCUGGCCCUGCCUGUAGGAGAGCCGGGGAGCCCAGCCUCCAGAGCCCCCUCCCAGCCAGCCGGCAGAGCGUCCUCAUCCUCAGCCCUGUUGGGAAGAACAUCCCCAGUGUGCAUUUCGGUGAACUUCAUCCAGUUCUGUCCUCACCAGACAAAAUCAGGACGCGUCUUGUGUCUGGCAUACAUUAACAAGGACAGGCUGAGCCAAGGGGAAGGGUAGGGUGACAUCCCUGGGACCAAGAGGAGGACUAGAACAGUUUUGGUUUUUGUUUUUAUGAGCGAGCAGGUAUUGUAAGGAGUGGGUGAGUUGAGGCUCAGCAGGAUCCCAGGGAAGGGCAUAUCUAAAAAGGAAAUUGAAAACCAUUGACGGGGGGGGGGGGGGGGAUUCAGUUUUGGGCAAGUGAGGAUAUUUUAAAGGUAAUUUUCUAACUCUCUUAUCUGUCAUCUUUGAUGGAGCAAUGGAGAGGCAAGCCGAAGCUUUCCUGUGUGCUGUGCACUCCCAGCUUCCCUAAAGCAGCCAGGCAUGGUGUACUUGGGCCCAGGAGGGACCCAUGAUCUGUGUGCCCUGGCCCUAGGAGGUAUGUCACUAGCUGUGGGGGCCUCAGAUGGCUAAAGCAGGAGGGAAGGAGUCAGAGAGCCUACAGGGCCCUGUCCAGCCAGUGGCUCCGCCAUCCAGGGAACCAAGGUCUCUGACUCCAUGCGGCCAGCUGCCCCCUCUCACCUGCCCACUCCCCUCCGCUCCACCUUCCAGGUAGUGACAAACACAUUCAGAAACUCCAGAGCACCCUAACCCUGCCCAUAAAUCCCAAGGUCCCUCAGGGGAGGAGCAGGCAGGGCCAACCCCGAAAAGGCACAGAUGAAGCCACCAGCUUUGGCUGAAAAACCAAGAGGGGGACCCAGCUGGGGUGGAAGGUGCUGAUCUCAAGUGCGACUGCCCCCAAGCCUGUGUCCCUAAGUGAGACACCAAGCCAGGCCUCAGGGUAACUGUUCCAAACCGGGGGCAAGGUGGACACACUGGCCCACAUGUGGUUUCCCAAGGCGCCCCAGCCUCCCAGGUGCCCUCCAUGAUGACCCUCAGGUGUCAGUGAUUCGGCAUCACUGUACAAGACAUUUCUCCUGCUGAGCAGAAGGCAUCACCCCUGCAAACUACCUCUUCCCACAAUGACUUUCUCCCCUGGUACCAAAAAGCACCCUGUACCUCCUCCUCCUGCCAGUGCGGUGGCCUUGGUCUUGGAAACGGAAGGGAGAAGUCUGGCCUGGGUGGGGUCUUUCAUUGCCUCCCAGCCCGCCAUUGGCACAACCCUCUGAGGGGUACCAUGCUCAGAAAACCCCCAGCCCUACGCCUUGUGCCUGGGCCAUGCAGAGAGGAAGGUACUACAUAGUGCACAGUUGGAGCUGGGGGCGGUCCUGGCAAGGCUCCGGCCUCACCUCUCCCGGCCUUCUGGAAAGGGUAGCUCAAGCCCUGGUCGGAUUCCACUCUGACUUAUUGACGUGUACACAAACCAACUGUUUAGACAACACUUGUGCAGAGCCCUACUGUGUUUAUGUUCCUGUUUAAAAGAGAAGUUUACUUAGCAAUAAUUAUAAAUAAAUGGAUAUUCUUUAGCGAGGCGACUGUACAUGCUUCUUCCCACUGCUCUUUUUUUUUUUUUUUUUUUUUUUUUUUUUUUU